AUGGGUCGGCAAAAAGGGACUGUAGAGCUGGCUCUCGAGCAGGGCCAAGUCGACCAAGUGUGUACGCAGAUGAAAGAAAUCAUGCCAGAGAAAGUUUCAGGCAAGAGCCUCGCAAAAGAAUGCCUCAGUGAUUUCGUUUGGGCUUUGAAGCCUUUGGCCUUGGCCUCGCCCUCCAUGCCAAUUCACAAUGACUCCCUGUUUGCGACCCUUCGCAAGACAGUCGGCCAGAGCGAGCCAGACGGAAAGGUUUGGUUGAUGGUGUACGAUUUGAAAGUUUUGAUGCAGUUUGCUAGGAAGACGUGGAGAAAGGCCCGUGAAUCCUUUAAGAAGGACGAGAGUUGGCCGUUGUGGGUUCGAUCGGAACCCCAUGUCUUAGAGCUCUUCGAGAUCAUGAAACCGUUUGCAGAAGAUGACAUUGGCAAAGCAUGGGGCAUUGAGACAGCAUCCCAGAUGCGGCAGAAGAUCGUGCGUGAGUUGCAAGGCAAAGUGGUUGAAAUUUUGGACGAAGAGCUUGCAGGACAGAAGCGGUUGGGCAAGGACUUGAAACCGAAAGCUGAGUGUAAGAAGAAAGCAAAAACAAACACCAGUGAGAAGGAACAAAAGGAGAAGGCAAAGUUUUUGAUGAAGAAACACAAGCGCAAGGGUCAGAACGGUCAGUUCAUGGUCUGUGCAAUCCAUGAUAAUGCAACUGGCAAGCAGGUUGCUCAGCUCAGCAGCAACACCCAGGCAGAAUGCGAAAGCAUUGUAAACAAGCUGGUGUCAGAGUUGAAUCAAGGCAAGAAGACUCUUGACGAUUUCAAAGUGGACUUGAAUACUUACAAGGGACGGGCCACACAGGGAGCACCCUCAGCUCCAUCGAGUGCAGACUCCAGUGCCAUGAUGAUUCAGCUUCAGCUGCUUUCUGUGCUGCUCGGAACGUUGUCGUUCCAGGAACUCCGUGAUGUCUAUGGCUUGACCCAACUUGAGCUGCCUUGGGUCCUGAUUGAACUUGUGAUAUGGGCCAUGGUUUGCAGACGCGCUGCAGACUUUGAG